CGUGGAAAACACCAAAGGCCCAUUUCCAGCAGUGAAGAGGGAGCCAAAGAUAAGGAGAGAGUGUUGGUUUGAAGGGACAAGGAAAAAAAAGACCAUGGCAAUUCAACUGAAACACCACCACACAUCAACCUUAAACAAACACCUCCAGCCACCAUUCUCUGCCGCCCCUCAGCCGCGCUCAGCCUCUCUGAGAGUGCAUGCAGUCUUAGGCGGCAGAGCUCAGGAGCUAAUAAAAUCCGGUGCUGUCACCCCCAUACCACCGAAAUAUGCAGCCUCACAAAUCCAGUCACAGGGGUACACAUUGCUUGACAUCAGGCCAGAGUGGGAGAGAGAGAAGGCACGUGUCUCGGGUUCACUUCACGUGCCACUUUUCAUCGAGGAUAAGGAUAUGAGCCCCAUCACAUUGUUGAAAAAAUGGGUUCAUUUCGGGUACAUUGGUUUGUGGACCGGACAGUAUUUCACUAUGAUAAAUCCUGAUUUUCUUGAACAAGUGGGGAAUGUGGUUCCUGGUAAAGAUUCUAAGCUGCUCGUGGCUUGCGGAGAGGGACUAAGGUCUUCGAUGGCUGUUGCGAAGUUAUACAAAGGGGGGUAUAAGAAGUUGGGGUGGUUAGCCGGAGGGUUUAAUCGAUCCACGGAAGAUGAUUUCGAAAGAGUUGAAGGACCUGAGAAAUUGCAGUAUGCUGCAAUUGGAGGUGCAUCGUACUACUUCCUUAAGUUGCUUCUUAUAUUACAAGCUGUGGGAAAGAAAACUUGAUCCCGUGAAAGCAACAAACAUUUGUAUUUUGGUGUGAAGUUAUUCGAUACAUUGCACAUAUGACAAUGCUUUCAGAAUGAAUAUGUCAAUUUUUAUUCA